AUGGAAACAUUGGUGCAUGCGAAGAUGAAGAUAGAGAUUGCAUCUAUGUUACAAUCUGAGAUAAAAUUGGUGCAGGCUAAGAUGAAGAUGGUAGAGCUGAAACUGAAGGCUGCAUCCAUGCUGCAUUAUGAGAUGAAACUAGAGGCUACAUCCCAAUUGCAGAUUGAGAUGAAACUGAAGGCUACAUCCUUGUUGCAGUCUGAGAUGAAAUUGGUGCAAGCUGGGAUGAAACUAGAGGUUGUGUCAAUGGUUUCGAUUUCGAGAUCGUUUAAAGCAAGUGAGGUUGUUAGAAGGGUUAGGAGAGUCAAGGUGAAGAGGACAGCCUCGGUAUUGUCUCCUACUAAUGAGCAAGGUCGUGCUGCAGCCCUUGUGGAAUCCACCAUCAUGCACGCUACUGUUGCGAACGUAUCCACAAGUAUACCUGCAGUGUUGUCCUAUGUUCCUUCUGCUGCUGCUGCUGCCAAACAGAGAUCUAAGACAAUGGCAAAUCCGGAAACGGUCAACGGCGAGGUGGAGACGACGGAGGAGUUCCACGAGACCGGCGAAGGUAAAAUAUCCGAGCUGCUUAAUAAACUCGAAGCGCUUAAGAGCGAGAAGCUGAAAUUGACCCACGAAAACAAAAGAAUGAAGGAGAAGAUGAAUAAACUGAAUCAAGAAGUGGAUCAUCUGCACAGCAGGGAAGAAGAAAUGAGACAAGACAUCGAUGACUGGGAUGAAGAUACGAGUUUCCUGGAAUCGAUCGCGACGAGAUCGGCCGACCUCGAAAUCGAAGUCACGAGGCUCCAACACGAUCUCAUAACGUCGAUGCGCGAAGUAGGUGAAGCGAAGCAGGAGGUGACCGAGUUAAAGAAUGGAUUGGAAGAGAAAACGUUGGUGAUCGAAAGAUUGCGCUCCGAAAUCUCCGAGCUGAUAAAGGAUAAAGUUAAGGCCGAGAAGAGAGGAAGAGAACUGGAGACGAAAAUAGGGCUUCUAGAAGUGAGGGUAAAGGAGGAGAGGGGAAAGAAAACUCGGGUCCAAGAUGAAAUGGAGGAGAGGAUGACUGAGUUAAAGAAGAAAAUCCAGGACCUUGAAGACGAGGUGGCUCAAACCAACCAUAAGUUGAAAAGAAGCAAGCAAGUCAAACGACAAUGCCAGGAGAAGGUGAUGGGGUUGGAGAAAAAAAUGUUGGAAUUUCAGGAUACCUUGGACCAGAACACAAUCGAAGCUGCUCUUAGUGGAAAGGUUAAGGAUAUUGGUUGUAAAGACAAAGGGUUGAAUGUGCCAAUCAUGGCCGCCGGAAUGGUUGCUGCCGUCGUUGUCGUGGCGGCUGUGGUAGAUCGUUGCCUUAGGAAGCAUUGGUGA